AUGGCGAAACGACGGAGGCGGCUUGCAACACUUCUGCCGUUGCAGAGGGGCGAACAAGAUGUGCACAAGAGGCGCCGCGAUUUUUCUGCUUCCUCCCUCUCCUUGUGUCGCGCCUCUCCUCCCUCUACGAAUCCCCUCCUCUCUCGCCGAAGCUCGUCGCAAGCAGAGCCGCCCUCCUCUCCUCGUCGUGAAGCAGAGCCGCCUCCCUCUCUCGCCGAAGCUCGUCGCGAAACAGAGCGCCCUCCUCUCCUCGUCGCGAAGCAGAGCCGCCUCCCUCUCUCGUCGAAGCUUGUCGCGAAACAGAGCCGCCCUCCUCUCCUCCUCGCGACGCAGAGGCACCUCCCUCUCUCGCCGAAGCUCGUCGCGAAGCAGAGCCGCCCUCCUCUCCUCGUCGCGUUCCUCUCUCGCCGCGAGACCCCUCGUCGCGUUCUCUCGCAGCUGAUCUUCCUCGACACUAGGCCAUACGAUCUUUGGUAUCUUGAAAUUCUACAUCUUUUUGGUGAUUCUAGCUCGUGCGCUUUUUCAAUACACAAUCUUCUUGAAGCUGGGAAGGCUUAUGGUUUGGUUGCUGGGUCCUGGUUGGCUCCUUAUGCUAUGUGUCGAACAUGGGAAAUGAUUAUCAACACUAGCAAAGAAGAAUAUGAUCAUGAAAAACGCAAACAAAGGUUUCCCAUGGUUCUAUAUAUUGUUUCAGGUGAUAAAGAUGGGGAACAAGGUGGAGCUCCAGUUGUUUGCAUUGAGGUUGCUGCUAGACUUUGUCAUGAUUUUAACAAAGGGCAACAAGAUUGGGCACCUAUACUACUUCUGGUGCCUUUGGUUCUUGGUUUAGAAAAAAUCAACCCCAGGUAUAUUCCUUUGCUGUGGGAAACGUUUGCAUUUCCACAAUGCCUCGGCAUCUUAGGUGGUAAACCUGGUGCCUCAACCUAUACUGUUGGUGUGCAAGAUGAGAAGGCACUCUACUUGGACCCUCAUGAAGUUCAGUCGGCUGUUGAUAUCAAGAUGGAUGACCAGGAAGCUGAUUGCUCUUCAUACCACUGCAGGUAUUUUGUUUCAUCCACUUGCAUUUUUGAACACGUACCUUUUCCCUCUCAAGUAGCUCACUUGAGGCAUAAAUCGUGCGAUCGAUCCAUCAUUGGCCAUUGGGUUCUACUGCAAAGACAAGGGUUGGUUGAUGCAGUGGUUAUAAGACAUUCCUUCAAUAAAAACUUAGAUUCAUUUUUGUUUGCUGAAUUUCAACAUUACGCAUAUGAUUUCGAAGAUUCUGUUCGCAUUCCGUCCAGCUUGCAGACAAGUCAAGUGGAACACCUUUGUAUUGUAUUCCACCCAGCUUCUAAUGAGCUAGGUUUCACAGAUCCAUCUAAUUUAUUCUCAAGUGUUUUAAUUGUAUUCCCCUCUAUUUUUACCUUUUCAUUUAUUCUCUGUAAAUUAUUAACUGAUAUCCUUGUACAUAGAACAGAAUGAUGAUCCAUUGCUGAACCUAAACCAAGCAAUAAUGUUGUUGAUGGCUUAA